AUGGCGACGACGACGGAUACCGAGACCGUGGACGACAGCACUACCCACAAUAACAUUCUCGAGCGAGCCUUUCAAACAGCCCGGUAUAACGAAAUCGUCACCGUCACCCUCGAAGAUGGCGUGACGGAAGUCUCGCUUGUGCCGUGCUUGGACGAAACCAAUGGUAACGUCCAGUGGAAUCCUUUGCCGCUCCCCGACACAAACUCAUCCUCCGUCGAUGACGAUGGCAGUGAUAACAACGAGUCCUUCCGAAUAGGCGUGCGGCGACACCUGCAAACCAAACGGUGGAUAUUCCCCAUGCUUAACGAUACGGUACGGAACGAUUUGUACCAAAAGGCCAUUGACCGGGCCGUAACGUAUCUGUCCGGAUCGCAAUCGGAGGACACGAUGUGGCACGUUUGGGACGUUGGCACCGGCACGGGGCUGUUGGGGAUGAUGGCAGCCACGGCAAUCAGGAAAAAUGAUCGACCCGAUACCGACGUCCAACGGAGCCGCGAUGGGGGCGUCAAAGUGGUCCGUGCGUUCGAAAUGUCCGCCCCCAUGGCCAUGGUGGCGCGCCAAACGGUUCGGGACAAUCAUUUAGCCGAUCGCGUACACGUCCACAACGCCCAUUCGGCUCAAAUAGCACCACUCCACGCAACCCGUGAUGCUACUGAUCGGAUGCCCGGCGGCGACGAUAUCGACGACGUUUCUACGCGCACUCCGUCCGUACUAUUGUGUGUUUCGGAAUUGCUCGAAGACGGCUUGCUGGGGGAAGGUUGGCUGCCCGCAAUACGGGACGUCUGGAAUCGACAUUGGUCACCACAGUCCCACCACCACUGCCACCAUAUGAAGAAAGCAAUUAUUAUUCCACAACAGGCCCGUGUAUACGCGCAAGCGGUGACGGCGGACAACGAUUGGAUCUCCAUGUACUACCCACCGACCCGUCAACACGGUAACGCCACGUCCAUGUCAUUGACUUUGGAUGCACAGGGCACAUCCUUGGUGGACAUGCCCGUCGUGAGGAUUCCCCUACACGCCCGCACCCUGCUGCAUACGCCGGUAGACCCCAACGACUGUACUCGUCGACCACCCGCUCUUCGAGUGCUCUCGGAUCCGUUCAAGGCUCUGGAUAUUUCGGUACAACGGGACAUAAUUCCCGGACCGGAAGGGCAGGCCUGCACUCUUUUGGUACCCGUGACGCACUCCGGAACCGUGCACGGGUUUUUGGUGUGGUGGGAACUCGAUUUGUGGACCGCGCACGACAACGACGACGAUACGUUGACGUAUUCUACAAGUCCCCACACCGGGAUGGCUUGGCAGGAUCAUUGGCAUGUUGUUUUGCACGUCUUACGGGAUACUCAAAAAGUGCAAAAGGGCGAGACUAUGACAGUACAGGCUUCGCACGACGAUACGGCAAUUACACUGUUGCCUAUAAUUUCGGCACCGGCCCCACCACCGUCCAAGCGUAUCCGCACGGAACCAAACUCCGGCCAUCACGCCCUCAUCACACCUUCACGAGCCUUGCAACUAAACGAUACUGCCCGGGCCUCCUUUCUCGACCAGGCCAUCACCCAUGCACUAAGUGUAAAAGGACCGGACCAACUGGUGUUGGAUGUUUCGGACUUUAGUUGGUGCGCCAUUGUGGCGGCUCGUCAGGGCGCCACGCAGGUAGUAUCGUUGGAAGCUAGUAGUAGCAAUACCAGUCUACCCCACACGACCGCUCGUGUCGCUCAGCUCGGCAACCAAUUGCCGCGUGCCCCCCAUGGCCGAUUCGAAAUACUACAGGCCCACGCUGAGCAACUGACGAUCUCGGCCUUGGGUGAUGUUCCCGCAGAUAUAGUUGUGGCUGAACCCUACUACGAGCUGUUAGAGAACUGGCAUCUGGAGGAAGCUAUCAAUUACUACAACUUAGUUCGAGCCUUGCGGCGCACCAAGCUCAUCACACCCGACGCGUGUGUCAUUCCGUCCAUCUGUCGCGUCAUGGGCUGCGCGAUCCAGAGUGAUCAACUGCGAUCAGCCUACCGAGCCUGUGGCGACGAAAAAGGCAAAAUUCACGGUCUCGACCACCAAUACGUUAACGCCAUCGGCGCCGAUUUCCACCAGUACAACUUGAACCUUCCCAUGUGGCAAUACGAGUACCAAAUGUUGUCCGCACCGAGCGAGUCCCGGUAACGGUCCAGUUCGUGGUGAAGCGCAGAUGCCAUUCACCGCCAAGGGGCGUUGCGACGCCUUGCUGAUCUGGGUCGAAUACUCGGCAGUGGCCGACUGUACACUUUGCUACACCACCAACAACCACUUCCACCAUCAAGCGGUGCGUAUGCUGCCCACGUCAUGGAUCGUAGACCCGUCGGAAAUGUCCAAAACCGCCUUAAUUUGUCAGAGUCAAAUCGGUGGUCUCGAUCCGUUCAAUUGUCAUUCAUUUGAGGUACAGAUUGCAUGAGACAACGAAACAUGCAACCUACAUAUUCAACUUCGACACUCAUCGUUCGCUACCUCCACCGGGCAACUUUCCUUCAACUCGUUCAAGGAUAUUUCCACGUCGACGUAUUCCAAAUUCAGGGCACGGUGCAGAAUCGAUUUGUACACCUGAAUUUCUGGACACAAUUCACGGCAAAGAAGAGUCGUCGCCGUUUCCGAUAACAUACGAUCGGCAUCGGAUUUUUUUCCAGCAGACGAAUUGCGCGUGGGAAAGGCAUCCGUGACCGUUUCGUUACCACCAAUUGCGCGUUCGGUUGAAUUCCAAUCGGAUUCCAAAUGCUCGGUCCGGAUGAUUAACAGUUUGGCGUCUGACGGCACUUGAUUCAUAAAGUAUCCAAAGUUGUAGUAGUUGUGUCGGACCAUGGGUCGUAUUCCACGAAUGGCCGCGUGCGCCCGAUCUUUACAAACUUUCGAUGCGAUGCCGUCGUCCGCCAAGCCCUGUUCGGCCAAAUCAUUGAGGGUGGGAAAGGGACAAUCUAGAAAGAGCGCUUUGCGUUCUUCGUACAUGUAACUGUUCGGAUCCAGAUGGAUACCCGGACGUUCGUAGGUAAACCAGGAUUGCAUCCUCGCCAGAGGAUUGCGGACGACCAUGAGGUAGUACGCCAUGUCGUCGUAACAGUCGUUGAUGUAAUUGUGCAGGACGUUUGUAACGGAGCGCGGCAAUCGUCCCCCCGGAUUCGCGAUGCUCUCAUUCCCUGUUGGUUGCUGGCAGUCGUACCGGAAACCGAGUAGACAGCUCAGGGUACUUCCUGCGGUCUUGCCCACGUGGACGAAACAUACGCGUUCGUCGGGUGGACCUCGCGCUUGGAAAGCGGCAAUUUUCGUGGCCCAAACGGGGGGCGGCAAACCCGAUCGAAUCUUGUAGGCCGAUUCCGUGGCAGGAUCAGCAGCGUCGCGGUACUUGACCGUAACCUUUUUUUCGACUAUCGGCCAUACGUCUUGCCAAUCUCUCGUGGGAGUUGGUCUUUCGAUCGUGCGAGCUCUCGUUCCAAGAGUCGCACCAGUCGUCAACGAGGACGAUACCAGACCCAAGACUUGGACUUCCAGCUCCUCCAGACUCCACCAAAGCCUGCAGGACGACAGCAGACACAUUAGUAUUCCCAUGAUGCACAGGGUCCCAGUGCGGUUUAGAGGGACCAUGGUGUAUU